AUGGCUCCUAAGAAGGGCUCUGGCCACGCUAAAGUCAAGCAGCCAGCCCCCAAGCCUCCUCCCAAAAGACCUGCUCCUACUUUGUCUUCUUCCGAUGAGGAUGAGGAUGAGGUGCAGCAGGCUAUCAUGACUCGCUUGUUGGUAGUGGAACAGACCACAGGAGUGUCUACCCCAGGUGCGAAGCCAGUGGGUGGAGCGCGUGGGCAGAAGAAACAUAAGGUGGAAAAAGAGAUUGACAAACUAGUUGAGCAAGGGGUUUUAGAGCCAGUACCAUACAGCAAAUGGGAGACCCCGAUCGUAACCCCUGUCAAAUCAGAUGGGUCCAUACGACUAUGCGCCGAUUACAAAUGUACGAUUAACAAGGCGCUGCAGCAACAUUCGUACCCGGUCCCGGUAAUAAGCCACAUUUUGGCUUCCCUGGGGGGUGGCAAGAUUUUCGCCAAAUUUGACCUGGCCCAGGCAUACCAGCAGUUGCCUGUCACCCCGGAGGCUGCCGAGGCCCAAACAAUUGUAACCCACCAAGGGGCUUUUAAAGUGAACAGGCUGCAAUUCGGGGUCAACGUAGCACCUGGGAUUUUUCAGGGCCUCAUGGAACGUCUACUAAGGGGGGUACCUGGCACAGUGCCCUAUUUUGACGACGUGCUGAUUGCGGGCGGGUCUGAACAGGAACUACUGGACCGGGUUAAAGAGGUCCUCAGGCGUUUUCAAAAUGCCGGCCUCAGAGUUAAGCGCUCAAAAUGCACGCUCGGGGUGGAAAGUGUGGACUUCCUGGGGUUUCGCAUUGACGCAGAGGGAGUCCACCCCACGGAUGAGAAGGUAUCUGCAAUCCAAAACGCCCCCAGGCCGGUGAGUAAGAAGGAGCUCCAAUCCUUUUUAGGACUCCUGAAUUUUUAUCAUGCGUUUUUACCGCAUAAGGCAUCAGUGGCGGCCCCUUUGCACGCGCUUUUGCACAAGGAGGCAAAAUGGAAGUGGGGGCAGGCCGAGGAAAAGGCUUUUGUGGGAGUCAAGGAGCUGCUGACAUCUAAUGCCGUACUCACGCAUUAUGAUGAACACAAGCUCCUGGUGUUAGCUGCUGACGCUUCACCGUUUGGAGUAGGCGCAGUUUUAAGCCAUCUGAUGCCUGAUGGGAGCGAAGCGCCUAUCGCUUUUUAUUCUAGAUCACUAUCUGCGGCAGAGCGGAACUAUGCCCAGAUAGACAAGGAGGGUCUGGCGUUGGUAGCGGCUGUCAAAAAGUUCCAUGAUUUUAUUUUUGGCAGACGAUUUUUGCUGGUCACUGACCACAAGCCGCUACUGGGGAUUUUUGCGCCCGAUAAGCAAUUGCCAAACAUCAUGUCCCCACGCAUGCUUAGAUGGGCGAUAUUUUUGCAGGCUUAUGAUUUUGACUUAGAGCACCGGAAGGAUAGCGUGCUGUCCCGAGUAUUAAACUGGGUUUGGAGGGGGUGGCCGGUUGGAAGCGUUGAACCGGAGUUCGGCCCUUACAAAAGCCGUCAAAAUGAACUAUCCAUUUCUAAGGGCUGUGUAUUAUGGGGGAACAGGGUGGUGGUUCCUGACAAACUCAGGACGAGAGUGUUAGAGUCGCUGCACGAGGGUCACCCCGGUAUGGUACACACCAAAGCGUUGGCCAGAGGGUAUGUCUGGUGGCCGGGGCUGGACAAAGAGAUCGAAGAAUGGGUACGAGGGUGUCCCAAAUGCCAGCAAGUCAGACCCGAUCCCCCACAAGCUACACCCCAAGGCUGGGAGUCAUCUGGUAAACCCUGGGCCAGAUUGCAUAUAGAUUUUGCUGGCCCUCUCCAAGGGCAAAUGUUCCUAAUUGUGGUGGACGCUAUGUCCAAAUGGCUGGAGGUCGUGCAUAUGAAAUCGACCACAUCACUUGCUGUGAUCCAUGCGCUCCGCCGACUUUUUGCCACCCACGGGUUGCCUGACGUCAUCGUCAGUGACAACGGGCCUCAAUUUGUGUCUGAGGAAUUUAGGCUCUUCCUCACGAGUAAUGGCAUACGCCAAAUGACUUCGGCCCCUUUCCAUCCGGCAUCUAAUGGCCAAGCCGAACGGAUGGUGCAGACCCAAUCAGAGGAAGCAAGUACUUAA